AUGACCGCCCGUUUGGUAUUGGUCAUUGGUGACCUGUUCAUCCCUGACCGAGCUCCUGAUCUUCCAGCCAAGUUCCGCAAACUCCUGACACCCGGGAAGAUCGGUCAGACAUUAUGCCUCGGAAACCUGACCGAUCGCGAGACCUAUGAAUUCCUCCGCGAAGUAGCCCCGGAUCUGCAGAUGGUGAAGGGCGACUUCGAUGUUGACUCUCCCAAUCUCCCUCUCUCCAAAAUUGUGAACCAUGGCAGCCUACGAAUCGGCUUCACUCAUGGCCACACCAUCGUACCACCCGCUGACGCUGAUGCAUUGCUCAUCGCAGCCCGCCAGAUGGAUGUUGAUGUCUUGUUGUGGGGAGGUACCCAUCGCUUUGAGGCAUUUGAGAUGGAGGGCCGAUUCUUUAUCAACCCGGGAAGUGCAACGGGGGCCAUGAGCUCGGGCUUCUGGCCAGAUGGAGAGGAGCCUACGCCGAGUUUCUGCUUGAUGGACAUCCAAGGGGACGUCCUUGUGUUGUACGUUUACCAAUUGAAGACCGAUGCCAAUGGUGUGGAAAACGUAGCCGUGGAGAAGGUCUCCUUCCGCAAGAACCAUCCCCCGGCUUCGUGA